AACUAAAAUUAUUGCCUCAAAAAAACAAGAAAAAUACAUUUUUAUCAAGAUCAUCAUUCCAAAGUUGAGACUCCCAACUGACCAAAACCAGGCGAAACCAAUAUCUGAAACACUCAGAUCUUCCUCACCUCUCACCCUCCAAUGAUUUACUCUAUCUCUGAUUGUUUUCUCCUUCAAAUGCUUUGAAAGGUUGAAUGGAAGAGAUGGACACUGAGAGUGCCGUUCCAGUUGCUGGGAAUGGGGAUGGAUUUGAAAAAGCCGUUCCUGUACUCAUCCCCGUCUCUCCAAGUGUAAACGGGGCUCCCAAUGGCAACCUAGAAGUCGAGGGACUCAGUGAUAGUCUUGACAAUGCUGUCAAGUUGGACCCUGCUGUCAAGCCAGUGGAACUUGAAGUUAAAGAGACCACCGUCUUCAAGAAUUUGAAACCACUCAAGAUCGGUAAAGCAUCGAGCCCCAAAAAUGGUGCAGCAACAGUUUCAGGCAAGAGCAAGAACAGGAAAGAGGCUAGCAAACCUUACGUUGCUUCAAAUGGUAGCGAUGCUUCAGAAUCGAGCCAGAGACAGACUUCUGCUUUAAGAUCAAAGAGUAAAUCGUCUAAUGAGAAGCAAUGCUCGGUAAACUCAAAAGCAUCACCUGCCCAAGAUAGCUCUAAGGAGCAACAUGGCCUCCCCGAUGCAACAUCAUCUUCCACGAGUGGAGAACAGGCCGAAGAACUUCAGGAGAAGACAAAGCUGAAGGCUCUUGUGGAAAGCCCUUCUAGUAAAAUCGAAGAAAUCUCACAGUCAUCAUCAAGCCCUACUGCCGGAGAUGCCAGGGCCCGCAGAUCGGGUGCUCUACCAACCUACGGUUUCAGCUUCAAAUGCGAUGAAAGGGCUGAGAAACGAAGAGAGUUUUACUCCAAACUCGAGGAGAAGAUUCAGGCAAAGGAAGCAGAGAAGACCAAUCUGCAGGCGAAGAGUAAGGAAUCUCAGGAUACCGAGAUCAAAAUGCUGAGAAAAACUCUUGGAUUCAAAGCCAUGCCUAUGCCAAGCUUCUAUCAAGAACCUCCACCUCCAAAGGUGGAGCUAAAGAAGAUUCCUACUACGAGGCCAAAAUCUCCGAAGCUUGGCCGGAAGAAGGCUUCGCCAAGUGCAGAAUCCAAAGAAAACGGGGCUCGCCCAGCUAGGCUAAGCCUGGACACGCUCGCCAAAACGCCAAGCCACGACCACGUGAAGAAGCCGAUGAGGAAGUCUCUUCCCAGGUUGCCGUCUGAGGACCCCAAGUCGUCCAACGAGAAGAAAAGGCCGACAGCCAAUGAAAAGGCAGUGGCAUCCGAGACACUGAAACAUGAGGCAGCGAGCAUGGCUGAGGACCACGUCGUGGUGCAAGAGGCCGUUGCGGUGUGAGCGAUGUUCGGAUAAAAACUGGAUCGAAGUAAUAGAUGUGUUGUUAAGGUUGGAAGUGUCCUUGUUGUCCAUAGUCAUCGACCAAAUUGUUGCUUUUAUUUGAAGAAUCUGCUGCUACUGAGUGUUUAAGCUGCUGCUAAUUUAUGUCUAAAUAUGUUUUCAUAGUGGAAAUUUUGAGGUUUCUAUUUGCUAA